GAGUGGGCGGGGCUUGAGUUUCACGGAGGUCUUGGGAAGGCGAAAUGGAGGGGUGUGUGUCUAACAUAAUGAUCUGUAACCUGGCCUACAGUGGGAAGCUGGAUGAGUUGAAGGAGCGCAUUUUGGCUGAUAAAUCUCUGGCUACUAGAACUGAUCAGGACAGCAGAACAGCUUUGCACUGGGCAUGCUCAGCUGGCCAUACAGAAAUUGUUGAAUUCUUGCUGCAACUUGGAGUGCCAGUGAAUGAUAAAGAUGACGCAGGUUGGUCUCCUCUUCAUAUUGCUGCCUCCGCUGGCCGGGAUGAGAUUGUAAAAGCCCUUCUGGUGAAAGGUGCACAUGUGAAUGCUGUCAAUCAAAACGGCUGCACUCCACUCCAUUAUGCAGCUUCGAAGAAUAGGCAUGAGAUUGCUGUUAUGUUACUAGAAGGUGGGGCUAACCCAGAUGCGAAGGACCAUUACGAUGCUACAGCAAUGCACCGGGCAGCAGCCAAGGGUAACUUGAAGAUGGUUCACAUCCUUCUGUUCUACAAAGCAUCCACAAACAUCCAAGACACUGAGGGUAACACUCCUCUACACUUAGCCUGUGAUGAAGAGAGAGUGGAAGAGGCAAAAUUUCUGGUGACUCAAGGAGCAAGUAUUUACAUUGAGAAUAAAGAAGAAAAGACACCCCUGCAAGUGGCCAAAGGGGGCCUGGGUUUAAUACUCAAGAGACUAGCAGAAAGUGAAGAGGCUUCUAUGUAGUCUGUGUGCGGUCUGUGGUCCUCAGUGUCCGGAAAGUGUUGGACACAUGAAGAUGUUUCCUCACCUUCGUAACUUGAUAAUGUGUGGUGUUGCUCCUACUGAAGUACCGGGUCUAUGCUUUCUACCCACUUUCCAGGGUUGAAAAACUGGUCAGCUUGUUCUACUGAUGCCAUUCAUUAAAUCUUGAUUACUUUGGAGUAAGUGGUUGUGGCUGUCCUGUCUUGAGCGUCUUCCAUGCACCUGCUGACCCACCGUGGACCGGAACAAGUUCAGAAAUAGAUUCCACUUGGGCCAGGUUGUUCUAGGGAGCUUUCCUCUGUGCAGUCAAACCAAAUCCUGACCUGUUUUUUAAGUUCACUCAAGAGACCUAUGCCAAACAGUUCUUUUUUUUCAACUACAAGGUUAAUUUAUUUUUGUUACAGGAGGAAGUUGUAUAUUUUAGAGGAGCAGGUUUUAAGUUGAAUUGUAUGUUCUUAAAAUAAUGAAGAACAAGAGUUUGUGUCCAUGUAUCUUUUUAACUAACUGUUCUCCUCUAAAAUAAGACAUAUCAUUUUUAAAAAAAGAAAUAAAAAGUGUCUAUAGUGACUCACCUUGUGUUGAAAAGAAUUGUCAAACUUAUUAAAGAGAUGUAUAACAAAAAUUAUAUUUUGAUUUGUAUUUCAAGUACUACAGACCUGGAUUUCAAGUAUUACAAACAAUAAACUGUUGAAAGAAUC